AUGGGCGAGCUGGGAAGCCAGGAUAUUAAUGCAGUGACCUAUGCCAAUGUGCAUGUCAACUUCACUUGGGAAGAGUGGGCUUUGCUGGAUCCUUCCCAGAAGAAGCUAUACAAAGAUGUGAUGCUGGAGAUCUACAGGAACCUCACUUCUAUAUGUUACAGUUGGGAAAAUCAUAAUACUGAAGAACAUUGUCACAGUUCUAGAAGAUAUGGUAGGCAUGAAAGAAAUCACAUUGGAGAGAAACCUUAUGAAUGUAAUCAAUGUGAUAAAGCCUAUAUUGUAGACAUUUUCAUCAAAGUAUAG